AUGCCAUCAGCGGGACCAUUCAAGACCGUCAAAGAGUUUAAUGACUGGUUUUCUGCAUUGCCUCAACAGCAACUCCCCGAUUCAUUGAAAUACAAGGACCCUUAUCGGGAGUUUUUGCCAGAUGAUGGAACAAUCAGGUUCACUCAUGGAGACUUGCACCGCGGUAACAUCAUAAUUUCCCGCUCAGAUCCGCCGCGUGUCAUGGCGGUAAUCGACUGGACACAUGCUGGCUGGUAUCCUGACUAUUGGGAGUAUUGCAAGGCCCUAUACACAUCUGAUUACAAUGGGGAGUGGCGCAAUACCUGGAUACCAAGAUUCUUGGAACAGUACCCAAAGGAAUUUGCUGUGUUCUCGGAAUAUGUCAUGGAGAUAGGAGCUGUGUGA